UCGACUGUUUGAGUAAAGGGCUGCAUCGUGUAAUUUGGGAAAAAUCUUGAAAUCAUAUCAAUGGAGCACGAAGCUGGUGAUCGAUUCUUCGUGGCGGUGCACGUUGGCGCGGGUUUCCACGCGCCGUCGAACGAAAAGGCCCUCCGCUCCGCCAUGAAACGCGCCUGUCUGGCGGCCGCUUCGCUUCUCCGGAAGGGUUCUGGUGUAUGUAUUGAUGCUGUUGGAGCUGCAAUUCAAGUUUUGGAGGAUGAUCCUUGCACGAAUGCUGGGAGGGGAUCAAACUUGACUGAGGACGGUCGCGUAGAAUGUGAUGCCAGUGUAAUGGAUGGUGACUCUGGAGCUUUUGGUGCUGUUGGAGCGACGCCAGGUGUUAGAAAUCCCAUCCAGAUUGCUGUGUUGCUAACCAAAGAACAGAUUUCAGGUUCAUCACUUCUGGGCCGAAUUAGUCCUAUGUUCUUGGUCGGUGAAGGGGCCCAUAUGUGGUUGAAGUCCAAGGGUAUGGUUUCUGAUAGAAGUAUAGUGGAGGCUGAUGAGUGGUUGGUGACUGAAAGGGCUCGAACUCAAUGGAAAAGAUAUAGGGAAAUGCUUGAUGAUGCCAAAGCUAGAGAGGCCCAAUCACGUGAUCUUUCAGAGGUAAAGGGAAGUGGGACUCAGUCUCAUUCAUUAAGUACACUAGAAGAGGAUGCUAUAUCAGACACGGUUGGAGUAAUUUGUGUCGAUUCUGAGGGACAUAUUGCUUCUGGAGCCUCAAGUGGUGGCAUUGCCCUUAAGGUCAGAGGUCGUGUUGGACUAGCAGCAAUGUACGGUGCUGGUUGUUGGGCAUCCUCAAAAGGCCCUUCUGGGGCACCUUUAAAUGUCGGUUGUUGUGUUAGUGGUGCCGGAGAGUACCUAAUGAAAGGAUUGGCUGCUCGUGAAUCCUGCAUAUCUUCAUCAUUGUCUCAGGCUGGUCCGGCCAAUGCCUGCUCAAAAGUAUUGAGAUCUGUUCUUGAAAGUGGCAAAUGCAUGAGUGAGAAAAGUGCUGGAGUUUUACUUGUUCAAGCCGAUACUUCUCCUCUGGGCCAUGGUGCUCGCGCACAGCUUAAAUCUGUCGAGAUAGCAGCUGCAUAUACUGCUUCAUCUUUCGGAGUAGGUUAUUUUGGGAGCUCGAUGAAGAGGCCCAAGGUAUCCAUUCUAAGAAGUUCAAGACUGCAAAAUCAAAAUGGAGUUGAUCAGUUUGCGGCAAGAGUUCAUCUUGAUUCUGAUAAAAUACAGUGGUUACCAGCUUUGGAUGAUUAAUGUUUUCUCUCGACUUUGAUAUGGCUGUUUUGUUUACCAGGUGGUCUUGGACUCUGGUGUGCAUUCCCUUUUAGUUUAUUUAUUUUUAUUAAUAAAUUAAUUUAUGUUAAUUUAGAAUUAUGGUAAGGAUCAACAAAAUGUAAUUGGAGUCAUUCCUCUGUUUUUAUUUUUAAUUUUAUGAAAUAAAUCAGAUGUCUUUAGAUAAAUUUGAUCAAA